GUUGAGGAACAGAAUAAAAGUGCAGACACAAACAAACGCGUUGUGUGUGGAUACUCAUUCGUCAAAAUUAUACAUUUUGCAUUGAUACAAAGCAAUAUUUUUCUUCCAGUAACGAUGUUCGCCAACGUACGAUAUGUUCGGUUUCAUAGAUUCAGCCGUGGAUACAAAAGUGAUCCGAAACGGUACGCCCGCCAGUCUCAGUUGAUUCAAACAGAUCAGCAAGGGAAAAGUGUGGAAGUCGAUUUUGCCCGAGCCAAACAUGGCACAUUUUUUCAACAACCACAUCAGCUCCGCAAUCCUUGGACCACGGACAUUUUUGCAAAUAAAUUGGCACAAUCCUAUAUGCCGAAAGAGAUUUUCACGCAAGUAACCGUUGAUUUGUCCCGGUUCGGUGAUAGAAUUGUCAAUGAAAUCGAUGCGCUUGGUACUCAGUGCGAGAAUGAACCACCAACUUUGACGCAUUUUGAUGCUUGGGGUAACAGAAUUGAUGAAAUCAACACCUCUUCAGCGUGGAAGCAACAGAAAAUAAUAUCGGCUGAAGAAGGAGUGGUGGCAAUCGCGUACGAAAAUGCUUACAGGGAAUAUAGUCGAAUUUACCAGGUGCUCAAACUGUUUCUGUAUGCUCCGUCGUCGGGACUUUAUUCCUGUCCGAUUGCAAUGACAGACGGUGCAGCCAAAUGUAUCAAAUCAUUAGGAUUAACGAAACAAUCGAGCUACAAAAAUGCCUUUGAACGACUUACAACUCGAGACACUUCCCGAUUUUGGACAUCCGGACAGUGGAUGACAGAAAAGGGAGGCGGCUCGGACGUCGCAAAUGGAACAGAAACGGUUGCGGUGCAUGAAGGCGACGACGUGUAUAGACUGUUCGGUUACAAAUGGUUUUCGUCGGCCACUGAUUCCGAUAUGAGUUUAACUUUAGCUCGGAUCGUCGAUAGCGAUGGAAACAGUGUCCAGGGAACGAAAGGUCUGACGAUGUUUUAUUUGGAAACGCGAAACGAGGGCACCGACGAACUGAACAACAUCGACGUGGUGAAAUUGAAAAAUAAGCUGGGAACUCGGCAACUACCGACAGCCGAACUAUUAUUGGAUGGAACACGUGCGAUCAAAAUGUCGAAUGAAGGCAGAGGUGUUGCGUCGAUUGCCGACAUGCUUCAGAUAACCCGUCUUCAUAAUUCGCUGAGUGCCGUUUCUGGAAUGAGACGUUCCAUAGCAGCGGCAGCUGAUUACGCAACCAAGCGUAAAGCGUUUGGUAACAAACUGUCGAGAUAUCCUCUGCACAACAAUGCUUUGGCCGAACUUGAGAUAGAGUCUCGUGCAGGUUUUGUAUUAAUCGCUGAAAUGGCUAGACUGCUGGGUGCCGAAGAAAACAAAGUGGCUACCGACAACGACAAAUUGAUGUUACGUUUGUUGAAUCCCGUUGUUAAAUUGUACACAGCCAAACAGGCCAUCCAGGUCGCUUCAGAAUGCUUGGAAUCAUUUGGUGGUCAGGGAUAUAUCGAGGAUACCGGUCUGCCGAAACUGCUUCGCGACGCUCAAGUACUGAGCAUUUGGGAAGGCACAACCAACAUUUUAUCGUUGGACGUGCUACGAGUGCUGACGAAAUCCAAUGGCCAAGCUCUCGUUUGUUUCAAUAAUGUGGUCAGCGGCAGGCUACGAGCGGCUCUUUCAACCGGCGGUGACUUGAAAGGUUCAGCUGAAACGGUUGUUGCUGGUUUGAACGAAAUGGCCAAAGUUAUUACAGAGAAUCCGCAGUUACUCGAAGUUGGUGCGAGAUAUUUCUCCUAUUCGUUGGCGCGAGCCUAUUCCGCUGCGGUUUUGAUUGAUUUGGCUACGAAGACCGGUGAUAAGGACUUUGUUAUUACAGCAACGAGAUGGUCGUCACAAGACCUGUUUCCAUUUUUGACCAACAACAAGAAGGGAAUGUUCUCGGCGCCGUAUGCUAAGGAGAAUUUCGAUAUGCUAUACGCUUAAGAAGUGUUUUAACAUACCAGGGGGCAAUGUGAUGUUUUUUUUAUUAAUUAAUUUUUAUACGACCCGGUGUAUUGUGAACGGAGUCUAUUUUCUACGGGUUUCUGUUACACUGAAUUAUAAAUUCGAAAAAUUUGAGUUUAACGCAAAUGAGUAUGUGCCUUAUUGUUGGGUAUACCAAUCGUGAGAUUUUCAAUAAAUUUAUUUUAAAAUUC